UCAAUUGUGUGAGGAGCGCGCAUCUCCAGAGGCACACCGAGACUCCGCGCCGGAUCUUUCCUGCACUGAGACUCUGCUGAAAACUGGGAAUUAACAUACAGUUAACAACAGCCAUUUGGGAUGGAGGGCACAGGCAGCAACUGGGUAGCUGAGCUCACCCCCCCGUGUGCAAUGCGUGAGGUGAAUGGGAGCGACACCGGUCAAGUCUUCGAGGUGGCACUGCAGAACGGCUCCUCCAAGCGCAGCCCCCAGUUUGUGGGCGUAGAGCUGCUGCAGUCCUUCAAGCUGCUCAUCAUUCCCUGCUACACUCUGGUGGCCCUGGUGGGCGUCUUUGGAAACUACCUGCUCCUCUAUGUCAUUUGCCGCACCCGCAAAAUGUACAAUGUCACCAACUUUUUUAUUGGAAACCUGGCCUUCUCUGACAUGCUGAUGUGUGCUACAUGUGUUCCCUUCACACUGGCCUAUGCCUUCAACCCACAUGGCUGGGUCUUCGGCAGCUUCAUGUGCUACCUGGUGUACCUCAUCCAGCCUGUGACGGUGUACGUGUCGGUCUUCACUCUCACAGCCAUUGGUGUUGACAGAUACUAUGCCACAGUUCAUCCUCUGAAAAAGCGCAUCUCAGUCUUGGCCUGCACCUACCUUCUGUCUGGAAUCUGGCUGCUGUCCUGCAGUCUAGUGGCUCCAGCUGUGGCUCACACCUACCACGUGGAGUUUAAGAAUGAGGGCUUCACCAUCUGCGAGGAGUUCUGGAUGGGCCAAGAGAGGGAGCGUCUGGCUUACGCGUACAGCACUCUCUUUAUCACCUACGUCCUGCCUCUGUCAGCGCUCUGCAUCUCAUAUCUGUGCAUCUCUGUCAAACUGCGUAACUGUGUCGUACCUGGCCACCACACCCAGAGCCAGGCGGAGGCUCAGCGCAUGCGCAAACGCAAGACCUUCCGGCUGGUGAGCCUGGUGGUGGCAGCCUUUGGCUUCUGCUGGAUGCCCAUCAGUGUGUUCAAUGUGCUGCGUGACAUUGACAUCGACCUGAUUGAUAAGCGGUACUUUCUGCUCAUUCAGCUGCUCUGUCACCUGUGUGCAAUGAGCUCAUCCUGCUGUAACCCUUUCCUCUAUGCCUGGCUGCACGACCGUUUCCGCGCUGAGCUCCGCAAAAUGUUCACAUGCCGCCGUCGCAUCGGCAUCUCGGCCAACAACUGCGCCACAGCCAGUGUGGUUUUGUGAAGCUCCUGUUUAGGCUACUGUUGUUAAUCCUUGCUUCUUUGUUACUAGCGUAUCCUCAUCCCAUUCUGGUAAUAUUUGG